AUGAGAAGAUCAGAGUUGAAGAUGAAAAAGAAUCGUGCUGUAAAUUCUCUCCGCACAGGCAACGGAAACGGAAACGGAAACGGCAACGGCCUUCCAAAUAGUUCUCCGGCGAAUAAUUUCGCGAUCAACAUAGACAUGAGUAACAGCGAGCUCCUCCAAAUCGAACCUCUCGAACUUCAGUUCCCAUUCGAAUUGAAGAAGCAGAUCUCAUGUUCCUUGCAAUUAACCAACAAAUCAGAUAAUUCCGUUGCCUUCAAGGUCAAGACGACGAAUCCAAAGAAGUAUUGCGUGAGGCCAAAUACAGGAGUUGUAUUGCCUCAUUCUACUUGUGAUGUCACAGUUACAAUGCAAGCACAAAAGGAGGCUCCACCUGAUUUGCAGUGCAAGGAUAAAUUUCUCCUCCAGAGUGUAGUUGUGAGCUCAGGAGUAACUGCAAAGGAUAUCAAUCCUGAUAUGUUUAGCAAAGAGUUGGGGAACCGUGUUGAAGAAUGCAAGUUGAGAGUUUCAUAUGUUCCACCCCCACAACCACCUUCGCCUGUGCGAGAAGGUUCAGAGGAAGGCUCCUCACCAAGGGCUUCAUUGUCGGACAAUGGGACCGUAAAUCAGAUUCCUGACUAUAAUAGCAUGUCAAGAGCAUACGUUGACUCACUGGAGAACACACCAGAGAUUAAUGCUCAGAUUUCUAAGUUGAGAGAGGAGAAAAAUACUGCAAUUCAGCAAAAUAAAAGGCUUAUGCAAGAACUGGAGCUCUUGAAACGUCAAGGUAACCGGAGCCAUGGAGGCAUCCCAUUCGUGUAUGUUAUUAUUGUUGGCUUGAUUGGCAUCCUUUUAGGGUAUCUUCUGAAGAGAACAUGA